GUUUUUAUGUACACACGUAUUUUUAAUAAUUGGAUUAAACUAGACAAAGGAAAGAAUAAUAAAUGUACACAUUACUGAUACUGACUUAUCUUCUUGAAGUUAUCUCGACAGCGCCAUUCCAAGUUGAUACAAGAAAUGAGAUAUCCAAGAAGAUAGAUAAAAGAGACGCAUCUUGUGAUUUACGGAGAUCCCCAUUAGGGGACACAUAUUUUCGAAAAACAACACCAUGGGGAAUGGAAUUUGAUUUGCCAUGUCCAACAGGGACAUUAUUUAAACUGGAAUCCUGUAGUUGUGAAAAGAAAAAGUGUACAGUGAUGGAAUCUGAUCCUACAUCUUACUCGGAAUACAUUGAUAGCAUUGGGGACUGGGUAACAGGUCAAUGUCCUCAAACUAUGGUAUAUCGAACUGAUUAUUGCAUGUGUACACUACCAAAGGAUUACAUUACUUCAGCUCCACAAACAUCACUUGUAACUGUUCAACCAGAGGAUUGCCCCUAUAGACAAAAAGGUCCGUCGUCAUACGAGGAGUAUUUUCCGUCCAUUGGUGAUUGGGUCACAAAUUACUGCCCACAUGGAACAAUGUAUAGUGCUAUGUACUGUAAAUGUAUUUCACAAGAUACAACGACAUAUUCACAGUCAAAUAAAAAAUCUACGGCAAAAACGUCAACGAUUAUUUACACUGUUCAACCUCCUUCAACCUGUCCAUACAUACAAGAUGGACCUUCAUCAUAUAAGGAAUAUGUGGACAGUCUCGGGAAUUGGCUGACUUAUGACUGCUCUUCUGGGAAGGUAUAUAGUCCUAAGUGGUGUACCUGUCUUAUAGAAGGUCAAACACCUGAUUAUUCCGGUUUAGUGACGACACCGCCACUUGUAGCAAAUUGUUUGCUACAACCAUCCGGUCUGACGUCAUACAAUGAAUACGUGCCAUCAUUGGGUGCAUGGGUAACCAAUGAUUGUCCUGUUGGAAAAGUAUUUAGUCAACCACACUGUACCUGUGUAAAUGAAAAUUUGGUGCAAAAACCAGAAAUAACAACUUUAGCAGUUGAUACUACCUACGUCACGAAUCCAGAUUGUGAUUUGCGACCGGUUGGAAAGAGCACCUACCAAAAAUAUGAGAAAUCUAUUGACGCCUGGGUGACAGAGGACUGCCAUGUUGGUUUGGUCUUUAAUGUCAUGCUAUGUCACUGUGUUAAGGACGGAGUAGCAGUUGUAACAGAUCUACCAGUCACUAGUACAAAAUCGUACACAGGAAUCACAAACUCAAAUUGUCCAUACGUACCUGUAAACCAGAGAUCUUACAAGGAGUAUGUUGCAGAUAUAGGAAUAUGGGUAACAAAUGAUUGUCCGUCGGAUAUGGUGUUUAAUGUUGUCAUGUGCUCCUGUCAUCCUGAUGGGUCAGCUGAUAUAAUUGUUGUCCCAAUUACAACUGUUCCGCCACUGAACAUCCCAACAGUUCUUAAUUGUCCUUAUAAGAAAUCUGAUGAUGGAUACCUAGAAUAUGUACCGGAAAUAAAUAUUUGGAUCAAUAACGCAUGUCCAAUCGAUCACGAAUUUGUUGUGGAAUAUUGUACAUGUCUAUCCCAAAGUGAUAUCAGCAAAAUACCAGAAAUGCCAUCAACUACAACUACAGUAAAAUCUUCAACGACAUCAAAAUCAAUGCCUUCUACUAUGACAAUAGUAUCGUCAUCAGCUAAAUCUGAAUCAACAAGCACUCCGUCAUCAAAUAAAGAAAUGAAUUCAACAACUAGAUCUUCAAUGACAAAUAAACCUACCACGUCCAUAAAACUAACUACAACUACAACAAUCUCCCCUGAGACAACAACGACAACAAGAGUAGAUUUAACGACAACAACGCCAUCGACAAAGCAAUCUCUUAAGACAACUUCUCCAACAACUGUAACAACAACAAAAGUAACGUCUACAACGCCAACAUCUCAAACUUCAUCAAUGACAACAACAGAAAGAUCAACAACAACGAAGAAACCGUCUACCACAAUAGUUCAGACAACAACACAGCCAACGCUUAAACCUACGACAACUAGCGUCCCAUCAACACCAGCCAGCAUAACAACAACAAAGCAUUCUAUAACAACGAUAUCAGAAACAACAAGUAAUUGUGACAAGAUGAUAUCACGGCUUGGAGAGAGAUAUUACACAACUGUAGUUUCAGGAUGGGGAGAACUUACCUUCAUGUGCCCCACGGGAAGGAUAUUUCAUCCUCCCAGUUGUGACUGUGUAUCUAAAUCUGAUAUCCAGACAACAACCAAAAGUUUACCUACAACGACAACAAUAGUUACAACAACCACCAGACUACCCACCACAACGUCAAUGACUACUACGACAAAACUGCCAGAAACGACAAUAGUUACCUUACCACCAACAUCAACUACAACAGCAUGUCCAUUGGUUCCUUCAUCAUCAGGUCCAGAAUAUUUUAAGAUAUUUCUGGGAACGUUUGGAGCAGUCGAACUGACGUGCCCCUCUAAACAGAUAUUUGAUCCUGUCAAAUGUAGAUGUUAUAUAUAAACUUACAGUAUAUUAAAAUGAAGAUUGAGGCCAUCCUAAUUUCAAGAUACAUUCAACACUCAUCGGUGAUCAUCAGAAAUCCAUCACAUUUUUAAUAGAUAAUUCACUAAAUAAAAUACCUUUACACUAUAUUUGAA